AAUGAAAAUUGCAUCAAGGUGCAACUAACCUACCUUAGUAAAAAUUGGACUUCUUUAAAAUGAAAAUUGCAUCAAGGUGCAACUAACCUACCUUAGUAAAAACACGGUUUUUAAUUUAUCUCUUAAACUUAAACAUCUAAUUAUAAAAACUACCAGCUUGUUCCAAUCUUAUCUACAAAAAAGAGAAAAUACACCUCGUCAAUGGCAAUCAUCCAGUUGACAAACUUCUUAAAGAUUGAUCCAAAACUUUUUGUUUUAGCCAAAUUUGAUAUGAUUGGUUGACAAAUUCCAAACCCCCAAAAACCCAAAAUGAAAGAUUUUUUUUUGGCAGUUAAAUUUAAACUCCCAAGUGCCUAUAAUUGGUCCCCCUUCAUCUUCAAGAAACUGCACGCUGUUUUUUUCCAGCACGAAACAAACAAAUUCAGAGGGAAAAGGAAAAUUCCUCCAUAGACUAAAACCUCGAGCAUCAAUGGCGGACCCAUUACUCACUCUCCUCUUCCCAAUGGAAACCUUAGUUCCCGAAUCGCCGUCUCCCCCAAUCGUCCACUACACCAUAACCCUCGACCUCCCGACCUCCAUACUCUUCUCCUUCACCGUGAUCCUCUUCUUCCUCUUCCUCUUCCACGUCCUCAACGGCUUCCUCCAGUGGUUCCUCGACGUCCGGCACGGCGGCGCCGGGGACGUGGAGCUCGGGGAGGCCGGGUCUUCGUUCUUCCAGGCGGUGGCGCAGAACAACGCGUGGGUUGUGGGGGCGGUUGAGCGGGCGGUGGAGCGGGUGGUGGCGAAGCUGGAGGAGCGGCGGGUGCGGCGGCCAGAGAGACUGCCGCCGGUGGUGAGAUUCGGGAGCGAGAAGAUGAGGAGGAGGAGCGAGAAUGAGGAGUGCGCCAUUUGUUUGGAGGAGUUUCUGGCCGGAGAAAUUUGCCAGGCCUUGCCGGAAUGCAACCAUUUUUUUCAUUCCGAUUGUAUUGAUGUUUGGUUCAGGAAGAAAUUCACCUGCCCCGUUUGUCGUAAUUGUAUUUCAGCUUAGAUCUAAUUUGUUCCGUUUU